AUGGGACGAGAUAGGGAUAGAGACCGGGAAACGGACGAGAACGACGAUACUAACAGACAGGCUACUAUGACGACGACAUUGGUUCAACAACAUUCGCGUCAGUCGCUAGGGAAAUUUGUGAACCCGUCGCCGACGAAGUACGAGUCGACGGAGAACAUGGACAAAGUGGUGCAGUCGGUGACGAAUGCCACCAAGAGGCUCUCGCAGAUCUCCACUAACACCAAUAGUUCUGCGAAGAAGCGCAAGACCCAGAACCGCAUAGGGCCAUGGAAACUCGGCCGCACGUUGGGCAGAGGGUCCACGGGACGGGUUCGGUUGGCGAAGAACAUAAACAGCGGCAAGUUGGCGGCGGUAAAAAUCGUCCCCAAGUCGAACUUCAAGAAAUUGGAGAACCCUAAGUACAAGAGAAACUCGGUAGAUAGUUCGGGAUCGCUCAAGGACAGAUUGCCCUACGGGAUCGAAAGAGAAAUCAUUAUCAUGAAGUUGAUCUCGCACCCCAAUAUCAUGGGGUUGUACGACGUGUGGGAAAAUAAAAACGAUUUAUACUUGAUCUUGGAAUAUAUCGAAGGGGGUGAAUUGUUCGACUACUUAAUAAAGAAGGGCAAGUUACAAGAGUUCGAAGCCAUCAACUAUUUCAAGCAAAUCAUUAAUGGUAUACACUAUCUUCAUCAGUUCAAUAUCUGCCAUCGGGAUUUGAAGCCAGAGAAUUUAUUGUUGGACUUCAACAAAAAUAUCAAGAUCGCUGAUUUUGGUAUGGCUGCACUUGAAGUUCGUGAGAAAUUGUUGGAGACAUCUUGUGGGUCUCCUCAUUACGCAUCACCAGAGAUCGUAGCCGGUAAGAAUUAUCAUGGUGCUCCGUCCGACAUCUGGUCUUGUGGAAUUAUAUUAUUCGCAUUAUUGACAGGCCACUUGCCGUUUGAUGAUGAAAACAUCAGGAAGUUGUUGCUCAAGGUUCAAAACGGUAAGUUUCUAAUGCCAAAUAACUUGUCAUCUGAGUCCAAGGAUUUAAUUUCCAAAAUGCUUAAGGUGAACCCCAGCGAAAGGAUUACAAUUGACGCGAUUUUGCAACAUCCGUUGUUAACUAAAUAUCCCGAACCAUCAGUAAGAAAAGACAAGGUCACUGAAUAUAGCGACUUGAAUAUCAAGCCCAUUGAUUCUAUAAAUAAUAUUGACAAAGAAAUCUUGAAGAAUUUGUCUGUAUUGUUCCAUAAUCGUGACGAACAAACAAUAAUUUCGAAAUUGUUAUCACCAGAAGAUUGCUCUGAGAAAACAUUCUACUAUCUUUUAGUGAAGUAUAGAAAUGAACAUCUCACAGUCUCCAACAAUACCAUCAAUAAUUACGAGGAUGAUCCUGAUUUAACUGGCAGUGAAUCCAAACAAACCAUUACAAGAUCAACUUCUAUUGUUAAAACUAUAACUACCGAUCAAUUAACCGGCGAAAAGCAUACAACAAUUAGGAAAAUACCUAAUUCUACGUCUAAUUUUUCGAACAGAUCAAGAUCUCCCAAGAAAAAACCUGAGGUGUUGGGUAAUAUAACAAAUACUGCUCCUACAUUCAAGGCGUCGACUUCAUUUAAUAAGAAGAAAACAAUAAUGAACAAUAAUGUUAUUUCAAGAAAUAACUCCUCUAAGUCACUCAGGAAGCGUCCCCCUCAACAACAGCCACCCAAAUUAAGUCGUAAGAUAUCGGGAAUGACUGAUUUGAAUGAUUUACGCCUUGAGAAAACACAACUUAAUUCCCUCUACAAACAGCAAAAAUUGAACGGCACAUUUGGUACUAAAUCGUUAUUUAAUUUUGAAUCCGUUUGUCAGGAAAUUUUUGGUAAUGCUGAACAACAUGAAGGAGAUCAAAAAGUAGAGCCUAAAGAAAAUCUUAGAAAAGAGAAACAAAUGGAGGGGAGAACUGGGAAAUUGUCCAAUAUUGAAAAAUGCGAGAGAGACCUAGCAGCAAAGGUUCAUGAGAAGAAUGACGCGCGUGCGUUGAAGUUGAAUCAACAAGAAGAAGAGGAUGCAAAGCUUCAACAUAAAAAGCAACUUGAAAGUAAGAAAAGAGAUCAAUCCAAACUUUUGCAACAGAAACAGAGACAAGCUUUGGAAAAACUUGGUAGUCAGAUCCAAACUAAUAAUGAUAAUAACAGGAGAGGAAUAGCUGAUCGCACGCAACAGAGACAUGUAACUGAACCAGCUCCGACAUCUUCAUUGGAUCCUAAGCGUAGUGGCGGUGCAAAAUCCUUAUUAAGAGCAAAAUCUUUAGCUUCGCCUUCAUCAUACGUUUCAUUAAGACAAAACACUCAUACUAAUGAUAAUACUUCGAAAGUGUUACAGAAAUUAGGAAUUGAGGUUGCUCCUUUGAAAGCAUCAACAAAGUUUAAUUCGAAUUUGAAAACAUCAAGUUCGAAAAAUUUAUCAGAUUACUUAGAUAAUGAAACUUUAUAUUCUAAGAGUGACAAAUCGAUAGAAGAUCAGAAAGAAAAUAUUUCGAUGAACAUAUUUAAUGAAAAAGAGAAGGCUAAUCAGUCAAUAACCAAGCCAAAUUAUUCCAGAACAUCUACAUUGAAAAUGCAGCCUCUGGCAAUAUCACGAACAACUACUUUGAAUUCCGUGGGCUACAGAUCAUUGUUAGAUGGCAUUGACGAAAACAAGGCUCAAAAGGACUUACCGAAGAGACCUAACUGCGAAAAGGAUUACGACAACACGUUUUCAACAAUUGAGACUAGAAAGAAUGGGUUAAUUCCAAACCCAAGGUUCUCCAGGUUUUCCUUCAAUGGAUUAUUAAAUUCAAGAUUUGAUAAUCCUGAUGUUACAAUUCAGAACAAUUUAGCGUCAUCCGGUACAGUUGUAAGAAAGAGCAUUGGCCAGAAGGAGGCUAGAUCAUCAAGAAUAAUAGAAGAAGAUACCCAAACUAGUCACUUAAAACUGGAAACUGGUUCAUUGAAAAAAUCAUCCACAAAUUUGCUUGGUUUAGGUAUUGUACAGAACCAUCAAGGUAAAACUAGCAGAAAAGUAUCGCAAAAUAGUGCACACUUUGAUUCUAAUUUUAUAUCUGUAAACUUAUCAGAUACUGUUGAUGAUUCACAAGAUAAUACAACUCUUGAAGAAAAUGCUAUAAGUCUUAGUCGUGCUAAUUCUGAUGGCAGUAUAUUGAAGGAAGAUCUUGCGAAUACCACUGUUUCAAAUACUACAAUUUCAAAACAACAAGGAGUUUUGAAUAAUAAUGUUGAUCAGAACAAUAAACGUAAAUCGAGUUAUUUAGGUAAUUUGGAAGGUUCUAAAGAGACAUUGGUAGAAAAUGACAAAGAGGAUAAAUCCUUUCAAGAUUCUAUCAAAUCGAUGUACAAAGACUAUGCCAAACUAUACAAUGAUAAAAGACCAAAAUCAGAAACAAACAUCGGCGAAACUGAUGACAAAAUUUCUUCAGAGAAACGGGUACGUCAAAGCAUACGUAAAAACGAUAGGGUUAAUUCAACAGAAUCAGAUAAUGACCUUUCUUUUGCUGCGAAUGGAUCGAGUAACAUUGAUAUUUUAGAUUCUUCGUCGAUUGCUGAUACCAAUAUGAAUGAAAACAAAUCUGAAAUUCAACUGAAUGAUAAUAAGUAUGCACCAACAAUUACGGAUAGUCAAAAAGAUUUUGGUGAUGAGUAUGAAGAUAAAAUCAAUGAUCAGCUUAGUCAACAUGGAGACCAACAGAUAUACAACCACGAAUACGAUCAUGAAAAUAAUCACGCAUACCAUCAGGAAGAUGGCCAAGAACAACAUCAACAAGAUCAUAAUCAGCAAAAUGACCAUCAAUUAGAAGAUUCUGAUAGGUUACAAACACAGACUGAUUUGAGAAAAUCUACUGCUUCAACACAAAUUUUUAGUACAAUGAAUCUACCAAAAAUUCGUGACAAAAAUUCGGUGAUUGAAGAAAAUAACGAAAUAAAGGAGCCCGAAGUCAAACCGGAAGAACUAAAUCAAAGGCAUAAUUCAAUCUUCAAUAAAUUGAAACCGAAGAGAGAAGCUCCUAAAGCCCCAGGUUUUAAGUGGGACGACGAAAAGUCUCAAGGUCAUAAUAGGUUUUCCAGGAUCUCGGUAUCUUCCAAGUUUGAUAAGCAGCAGAAACUGAAUGAUAAUUAUAAUGAUUCGAGUAAAUCUAAUUGGUUCAUGAAAUUCAUAAAUUCUUUGACAGCCAAUAACAAAGCUCCAAAAGGAGAAAAACGUAAGUCAUUAAUCAGAAAAUUCAAUCCUGACAAGCUGGAUGAUAUUGAAACUAAGAAUUUCUAUGUUUUAGAUUCUACAUUACAACCUAAUGAAUUGACUCGUGUAAUUAAAGAUACGUUAGAAUUAAAGAAAAUUGAAGGAUCUGUAAGUAAAGUUGACAUAGAUGAAGACUUUGGCAUGAUUAGUGGUGUUAUUCCAGCAAGAUAUUCAGGUGGUCGUAGGUUGAAGUUUAAGAUCGAGAUUAUCAAUUUGAAGAAUUCCUCAUCAUUACAUUUAAGUAAAUUGAAGGGUACUGAUAAAGGGUUUAAAAAUUUAACCAAUACAGUUAAAUUUAUUGUUUCUAAAGAAGAACAAAAUAUAAAUAGAAUGUCCUCAGUGGAGGCCUAA